GAUCAGCGAAUCCAACCACGUGAAGUUGUCUGUCUUUAUGCUGGUUGUUGCUGUUGAAGGAUGCCUACCGCCUCUACGGAUUCCGAGAAGAAGGGCCCUGUUGAGGCCCAAACUCCCAUAAAACAAGCUAUCGCGAUUGUGGAGCGUAAGGUCCGCAAUCUAGAAAAGCGGAAGACUAAGCUUGAUAACAUCAAGCAGAAAGCGGCCUCGGGGGGUAAGCUGGAGUUAGACCAGAAGAAUGCAAUCGAACAUUACGAAGAGGUUAUCCAAACACUGGAGUAUUCAAGGGAGCUGCAGAAACAGUUUGCGGCCAUCAGCAACGAGGCUGGGAAGUUGAUGAAGAAGCAGGCGCGGAGAGAGAAGUUAGAUCGCCAGCUACACGAGAUCAAACGAAUCCAGGAGCUGCUCCAAGUCCAGAAUCUGCUGGACAGUCUUGGCUCCCAGAACGUGCGCUCGGACUUCCAGACGGGCAAACACGGAGCAGUGGUUCUAACAGAGGAGAACUUGAACCAGUUGGAUGAGUUGUAUCAGCUGAUCAGCCCCACGCGGGAGGGGGAGGACUACCACAAGAAGCUGAACGCUGCCGCCGAGCACAUCGUGUCCCUCCUAGAGAGCAAACAGAAGGAAGUCAUCGGGACAACGUACAAGGAUCUGAAAGAACUCAUCGACCUUAUCAGCGGCUGUGGUUACUUUGAAGCAGUUCAGAAGUUGGAGAAUGAGGAGAGUGCUGCCAACACUGCCGCAGUAGCUGAGGUUGACGAAGCUGUUGACGAGGAGGAUGACGGAGGCGAGGACGUGGAGUCGAGUGAGGACGGUAAAACCGAGUCUCAGCCAGACGAACCAGCCCUGGAUCUGCCAGUUAGCCAGCCCCCCCAAGAGGUCCUGACUCAGGCUGCACCCCCACAGCUCAACAACAUGGCCCACCAGGGGGGACAAGCUGCGUACUAUGCUAAUGAGGCAUUUCCGCAACCCAACCAAAGACCCAUUGAUGAGAUCGUAUCCUCAGUGCAGGGCAGUUUCAACUUUCUUCAGGAGUCAACCAUUGAUGUGGAUUCAGCUCCUCACAUUGACCCUGCAGUUGUUGCAGCGCAGCCCAUGCCCAGGUCAUCAGCUCAACAGACGCCGGAUACAACUCUCUCUGGUUUCGCAACCCAGGCGUAUGACCAACAGAACAAUCCAACACCAGCCCAGACAAGCCAACACACCAGCAACAACUUAGCAGAACAGCAGCAACAGCGAUACCAGUCAGCAGAACAGACCACACUAUCACAGCAAAACAUGGACUAUCCCUCCUCACAGCAAUUUCGUCAAAACGCCUUAUCACAAAAUAUCCAGACCGAGUCUAUGUUUCCACCAGCUGCAGAAGAUACGGCGCCGAUUUCGCACGGGAUGAUGAACCAAACUGGAUCGGACAAUUCCAUGGGGCAAUACGAUAUCCCACCCUCCAUACCACUCCCACAAUCUCAGGAUAACCAACAGCCCAACAUUUCCAAUCAACCGGAGAAAAAGUUUACAAUGAACGCAGCAGCGCCGGUGUUCCAGUCCAUGUACUCUCAGGCUGGCGUUCAGGAACAGAUUGGUGAUGGCCUCAACCAUUCAUCUCAGAACGCCGACUCCAAUGGGGCUAACAAUUUCCAGAAUAACCGCUACCAGAACGACGGCUUCCAGCAGCGAGGGCCCCGGAGGGAAGGGAGUGGUUACCGCGGCCGUGGAGGCCGAGGUGGUAACACUGGCGGUAACAACAGCAAUAUGCAGAAUGGCUUUAACAGGAAUGCCGGUGGUGGCAACGUCAGUGGUGGACCUAACUCAGGUCGUGGUGGGAGAGGAGGCCAAUACCAAGGUUACACUUCCCGCAAUAACUACCAGUCUGACGGUUACCAAGGCUACAAUAACAGUGGGGGUGGUUUCAACCAAGGCUACAAGCAGCGAGGCGGUGGCAGCGGUGGACAGAUGCGGGGGUCAGGCGGCAGUGACCGUGGCGGCAUGAGGAACAGCGGAGGGAUGCGUGGAGGAGGACCCUCGAGAAACAACGGCAACAACGCACCGAGAACCGCCAGUGCUCGUGGUAACGGCGUAGGACGGCCCAACUCUGGAGGACAGUUCCAGCAGUAACUAAGGAAACGAAACACAAAAACAGACCAUCUUUGCCAGUGAUUGAUUGAUACGUUCUGCAAUGAUUUGUGACUUUGACGGAAAUUUCACUGGGCCUACAGCUUUUGUUGACGAUAAUGCUCAAACCGCUAUUCCAGUGUCAAACUGUCGUUUCACCAGAUGUCUGUAAAACGGUGAUUCCAAGGGCAUGGGGAGUGACCUACCCAACCCAAAGCUUAUGGGCCAGUGUGAUUUUUGCCAAACGAACCGCUUCAUGUUGCCAUGGCAACGGGCAGAUGUAGACGAGGGAAGGCAAAUUUCAACGGACAACAACAAAUUCACAGCAUUUUAACAUCCAAACGUGGUAUUAUUUUUUUCCUCCUUUACUUUUUUUUUCAAAACUACACCCAGGUGUUUUGUAACAAGGGAGCUUGACGAAUCAUGCAUGUUGCUGAUUAACGAGAUUCCCAGCUAUCUCUGUACAGGAAGAACCCAUUUUCUCAUCACACCAUCAUUUUCUUUUAUUUCAUUGUAGUGCUGAACUGCACAGAGAAGGCUGGGACACCUCCUGGUUCCGAUCAAGUAUGCCCAAUGUGGUCAAGCAAAUAUUUAAGUAAACCUUUACAAAAAAAAAAAAGCAAAAAAAAAAGCAAAACAAGACAAAUAGCAGAUCCUUGAGGGAUCUAUGACUAAUGUCUACAUGGUCAUCCAACUUAAAAUUCUAUGCUAGAAUGCAUUUAUUUGGUUGGUCAGCAUUCAAAUUUUGUUUGGGUCUUUGGAUCAAGAUCCCCUCAUAUUUUUUUCUAGCUUCUGCAAUCAAAUAAAAGUUUGUCUAAAUCCA